AUGGCUGCGACGCUGAGCUCGUUGCUCAAUGCGGUGGAGCCUGAGAGAGCCAGCCUAGCAGAAUUUUCUUUCCUUCUUCUCCUGAAUACCACUCGCGGAGACACUGUCCAGGGCUCGCUUUGUUUCGAGGUCUCGAACAAGAUUACCUCGACCAUGCAGACCACAAAAGACCUGCCAGCAAGGGCACCAGAGCCGCCAUACUCCUGGCUUUCGUCUCGCGAAUUAUCAGCCCCAACGUGGCAGCGUUGCAGCAUUGGCAGCCCGGCGACCCAGGUAGCACGGCAGCGAUGCUAUGGUGAGACCAUCACUGAGAUGCGUCGCCUCGCCUCGAUGGAAACCCACAAGGCAUCCCACUCACCCGCCGUCCAUCGCCGACUGGUUGACAUUGGUUCAAUCCAUGUUCAGCUCGGCACGGCAUUGCACGGCAUGCCUAAGCACGGCACUGCAUCCCGAACCCCACGAGUAGUCGAUUGCCUGUUCUCUGGAAUUGGGUGGUCGGGUUACGCUCGGCCAAGGCCAAAAUCUUCCGACGGUUACGCAGUUGUUGGAAAGUUGGUAAUCCGAAUGACGAAGCUCUCUGCUCCGGGCUUUGCGCGUCUCGUCGACGCAAGAAAGGCCUCUCAUAAAGGGAGCCGAUCAUUGGAGUGCAACGCAAUAUUGACGCAUUUGCACCCGGGACGCCAGCGCCAUCGAAUCAACCUAGUCCAACGGGUAUUCCAGUCGCAGCCAUCCAAGUCCGUGGCAACAAGACGAGAGGCCAUUGCACUUCAUUGCUUUCUUUGCCUACCGGUGGCUUGCGCUGCCGAACUCAAUCUCGUAUACUUGCAGCCACCUUACAACGGAGCCGUGACAAUCGACAAGGUGCUCAACCCUGUUAGCAGGUCGAAACCUCAAUCCUUGGGUACACGAUCGGCGCCGGCCACCUCCGAAUUCGACUUGUUUGCGACGUCCAAGUGUAUGAAGCAAAGCGCAGGCCCAAACACACUCCCCCUGAACCUCCUGGAAACCGCACUUCCUGCGCUUCUCGUUGCUGUUGUUGCGGAUUGCGGUCCGGCCCUUAUCACAAACAAGAGGGAGGGGGAGGGAGGCUAUAACAUGAAGCAGACAGUAUUUUGAAACGAACGGGUUUUUAUCUGACCGCGACGUUCCUCAUCCUUACUCAGCCACUUUUCCCGCUGCGUAUGUGCGUGCGUUCGUGCGUGCGUAAGUUUUCUCUUAUUAAUAUCUAUCUUAUAUUCCGUCCUACAAGCAAGGGAUCCGGCUCUGCGGCACGCAGUUCAAAAGCUUACCAAUGCUUAUGCACCUAAGUAGGUAUCUAGAUAUGUAUGUACGGCAACAAUGACGGAGAGACAACACACACAUACGUCGUUCACACACACAUUCUCUCUCUCUCUUUCUCUUUAAUGCAUGUUUUUCAUUAUGAAUUAUCAGAUUCGCUUUUCGCAUAUACAAAAACGCACAACGCCCCUC